UAAUUAGCCAGUAGACUUUUCCACCUACACGUAAACACCCAACAAAAACCAAACUCCCCACUUUUCUCUCCUAUCUCCUCUGCUUUUCUCAGAUUCACACUCGGUGAGUGCCCGAGAAGAACACGAACACAAAUUAAGGUAGCCAGCCAUGUCUCUCCUCUCUGAUAUCAUCAACCUCAACCUCUCGGAAUCCACCCAGAAGAUCAUCGCAGAAUACAUAUGGAUAGGUGGAUCUGGUACGGACUUGAGAAGCAAAGCCAGGACCCUGCCUGGGCCGGUUGAAGACCCAGCAAAGCUACCAAAGUGGAACUACGACGGUUCGAGCACAAACCAAGCUCCAGGGGACGAUAGUGAAGUGAUCUUAUAUCCCCAGGCUAUUUUCAAGGACCCAUUCAGAAGAGGGAGCAAUAUCUUGGUGAUAUGCGAUGCGUAUACGCCGGCCGGAGAGCCGAUCCCUACCAACAAGAGGGCAGCUGCUGCCAAGAUAUUCAGCCACCCCGACGUUGCCAAAGAAGAGCCUUGGUAUGGAAUUGAGCAGGAGUAUACUCUUCUUCAGAAGGAUACAAAUUGGCCGCUUGGGUGGCCUAUUGGUGGCUUCCCUGGUCCACAGGGGCCCUACUACUGUGGUGCAGGAGCAGACAAGGCCUUCGGGCGUGAUAUAGUUGAUGCUCACUACAAGGCCUGCCUCUAUGCUGGAAUCAAUAUCAGUGGCAUCAAUGCCGAGGUUAUGCCAGGCCAGUGGGAAUUUCAAGUUGGUCCUACUGAAGGUAUUGCUGCUGGUGAUCAAAUAUGGGCUGCUCGAUACAUCCUUGAGAGAAUCACAGAAAUUGCAGGAGUUGUUCUUUCUUUGGACCCUAAACCAAUCAAGGGUGACUGGAACGGUGCCGGUGCUCACUGUAACUACAGUACCAAGUCGAUGAGAAAUGAUGGUGGGAUUGAAGUAAUCAAGAAGGCCAUUGAAAAACUGAGCUUGCGUCACAAGGAGCACAUUGCUGCUUAUGGAGAAGGCAACGAGAGGAGACUGACUGGUCACCAUGAGACCGCUGACAUCAACACUUUCUCUUGGGGAGUGGCGAAUAGGGGUGCCUCCGUCCGUGUUGGUCGUGAUACCGAAAAACAAGGCAAAGGGUAUUUUGAGGACAGAAGGCCAGCGUCCAACAUGGAUCCCUAUGUUGUGACUUCCAUGAUUGCCGAGACCACCAUUCUCACCAAGUAGAGGAGAGUAUAUUAAUCAAAUGCAGUUGGGAAGAAAUUAAAGCUCUAUGAUCAAGUACAAGUAACUGAUGGCUCUUUUUUUCAGUCUCUGCGUGUCUGUCUCAUUUAAACGAUUAUGCAAUCCUUCAUUUGUCUGGUUAACUGUUAGUUUAAGGUUUGUCCGCAAGUAUGUAAUAAAGGAAAGUAACUUAGGGUUAAUUAUGAUCAUGUUGACAUGGUUAUUUAUAUUUUAGUCAUUGUUGCUUCUAAUAAUUUGCAUUGUAAUCAUCGUCAAUAGUGACAAUAUUAUUCUGAUAAAAAAAA